AUGCGGUUCUCACUGGACGUACUUGCUCUCGUGAGCAUCUUUGUCUCAUCAGUUCUUUCUAUGUCUCCUCUUGCUCGCUCACUGCUACAACGUGUUUCCAAGAGACAAAAACGAGCAACUAUAAGCACGUCAAAACCUCUCUGUAAACUGUUCGGAUGUGUCAAUGGUGAUUGCUCUUUUAAAAAUGACAUGUUUAAUUGUGUGUGCCAUGAGGGGUUUAAAGGAAAGUUGUGUACUGAGAUAGACAUUAAAAAAGAUACGGAGGUAGGAAAACCAAACAGAUGCAAACAGUUUAAAAACUUCCACUGCAACAAUGGAGGGUCCUGUAUCGUAGCUCCCAGCAUGCACGGCGGCUUAACAGUCAGAUGUGAGUGUCCCCCAAAGUGGACGGGAGAUUUCUGUGAUACCCCAUGUAGGAUGGACUGCAAAAAUGGCGGCCAGUGUCACAGUGACCGAAAAACGGGGGAGGAGAUGUGUCUCUGUAUAUGGGGAUAUAGUGGGAGGUACUGUCAGAUUGAGAAGCAGCAGGGUCCCACUAUAGGGAUUGUAUGA